UACAAAUUGUGCAGCACUAGCAAGAAGCAGUUUAGUUACGUUUACUCCGUAGAAGCGCGAUACAAAACAGUCACUAAAAGGGUGAAAAGGGAACGUUCUAGGCCCAGAAAGUAUACGAAAAUACUGACUUAGUCCUGGCGCAGCAUCGGUGACCAAAAGUGCGGCUCUUCACGGUGAAAAGUUUCCGCAAAAUCGGCAUUUCUGAAAGUUGCGCGUUCACGGUAUGCGAAGCGUGGCGUGUGUGUCGAGUUGAGUUACCUGUAAUUGUGUGCGCCUGCGAGAGUGGAAGUGGAGUAAACCUCGCCACCGUUUCGAAGUUUUGGAAAGAUAUAGGAAUUACCGCCCAUCGUUUAUUCUGAACAAUGUCGGAGGCAACUGUGGCCCAAAAGCCGGAGGCGGUGGAAGAUGUGGAUGCGGUGACGGGGGACGAGAAGAAGACUCCCAAACGCACUCCCAAACGACGCUCUUUCAUUGAGCGGGCGCAGAAGGAAAGCGAGGAGCUUGUGCGAACAAUGGGCGGAAGCCUGGAGCUGGCGGGCGGGCGGCGGACGCGGUCUAGCACUCGAGGAACGCCGACGCGAGCCGCCGAGGCGGUGACGCCGCCACCCAGCAAAAAGGCGCGCACAUCGCCGGCAUCUGCCACCAAGGCCAGUGCAGGAAAAGGACGUGGAGCCCGUAAGCUAGACGUAUGCGCUGAUGAGCCCGAGCCUGAGCUGGAGAAGGAGAAGGUACAGACCUCGGUCAAGGGAAAGGGAGCUGUCAAGAAGGACAAGAAAGAGGUCAAGAAGCAGGAGAAAGCAACUGAGAAAGAUGCGCCGGAGAAGGCGAAGGAAGAUGUAGCUGAGGCUAAAGAGGAAGACGCUAGUCCCGCCGAGGUCGAGGACCAACCGGAUGGUGUGGAGAAUCUUCCUCCAGUGGCGGAAGAGAAGCAGAACCAUGUCGAUGAAGUCAAGCCAAUAUCAGAAGAACCUGAGAAGUCAAGCGAAGAGGUGCCAAAAGCUGAAGAGCCCCUUAAGUCGAGCGGGGAAACUUCGGAGAAUGGAGCCGCUACAGAGACUGCCGCUGCACCUGAAGAACCUGCUUCUGUUAUGGAUGUGGACGAAGAUGAGACGCUCGUCGAAAGCACACCAUCCGCAAAUAAAGAAAAGGCAUCAGCUGAAGAAAAAGAACCAGAACAGAAGUCAGAGGAAGACGCAGCAGCAGUUGUGGAGUCUAAGGAGCAAAAUGAGCCUGCCAAGGAACCCACACCAGAACCUAUGGAAGUGGACGCGAGUUCGAAGGGCAGUUCGGACACCGCUCAAGUAGACACACCAGCCACCGAAAACGUUUCCACCGCUUCAGAAACAGAAGCAGCAGCAAAGACAACGGAGUCUAGCAAUGAUGUGGUGGAAGUUGCCACAGAGGUCAAAGAAACUGUUUUAGAAGUGCCCGAUGCCGAGCCCAAGGAAGCCGAAAGCACUGUAGAGUCCGCGGAAGAGCUUACGGAAACCAACACCGCAGUGGUGACUGAGCCCAAGGAAGCCGCCAGCAGCGAAGAGCCUAGCAAGGCUGUGGACUCUGCGGAACCCAAGGAGGCGGAGAACAAUGAUGAGAGUGCCACGCCCGUUCCUGUUGAGGUUUCUACCGCCCCCGCCUCCAAUGAUGUCAGCAAGCCCUUGGAAACCGAUGCCACCUUGGUUAAGACUGCCGACAGUCCUGCAAAGGAACCACAGGAAAUCAGCGAGGUCAAGAAGGCCGAAAUUAAUGUAAAUGGUGAGCCCAAGAUCGUCAACAGUUCCGCCGAGGUGGGCGAGAAUGCUGCGCCCAAAGUGUGUAACUAAACCAAUCCCACCGAUGGACAAUCAACAACUUUAAUGCGUUGCAGAUGUGUACAAAAGCGUCUUCAGCUCGCCCGCCGAGUUGGUCUGAUGUUGCCAACUACAUGCAAACAUUUAAGAGUUCCCCCAAACAAAACUACAAUUUUCUUUUUUAAUUGAUCAUUUGAUUUCGUACUCCGAAAUCCCUUCACUUUGAUGAUAGUUCGCGUCCUCCAGUAUUUGGUUGACGCGAGGGACGCCAUAGGCUGCAAUCGAUGCUGGACUUUCAAUGCUGCAGUGUAUGCGUCAGCUGGACAGACAAGAAAAACAAUUAGGCAGUAGUACCAGCCCUAAAACCCUCCCACCCACUCCCCCCGAAAUGCACAGACAGAUUGUAAAAUGCAUCUUAAUAUAAUAUGUAUGUGGAUAAUUAAUCAAAUUGGAAUCAAACAAAUUAUACAUUAACGGAAAUGUAUGUAAAAUAGAUGUUUUUAAAUUGUAAGCCAUUAAUAUCCUUAAUUAUAAAACCAAUUGGACAACACUCAAAAAAUAAGCAAACGGAUCGCGGACAUAUUUAAACUAUUGUAACGCAAUACUAAUGGUCUGCGGCUUUAAGAUACGUCUAUGCAUAACUUUCACCCUCUUUGGACAUUUUUUAAGUAUUUCAAGCCCGUUUCGUUUGAAGCAUUUAAGUUUUUUUAAAGAUCCGAAUGAGCUCAUUGGAAACUGUUGUGUUAGGCAAAGGUCUCUUCCUCUCCUAACUUAAUUCGUAAAUACAGGCUAGAGUACGAGGAAACUUUUUCAAUGAAAAAAGAGAAACACAAAUUCUAAUAGUAAUACUAAUGAUAAAUAAUAUGUACACACAGCAAAAGCGUAAAUUAGUUUUGGAAGCCGUUGCAACUGAAAUGAUCAGUCAGACCGUUUUUGUAUGUAGCAUAUCUUCUGUAUAAGGCAUUCUUCAUUUGAAUAUUCUUUUGUAAAUAAAUCUUAAAUAUAUACAAGAGAAA